CAAGUGCACGACGAUGGAAAGAAUAUCCGUGCAGGAUCAUCGCGCCGUAUACGAACGGAUGUGCAAGGACUAUUUGAAUUUGAAGCUGUUGGCGCAAAAUGCAUGCUACGAUCGGGAACGACUGGAACGUUGUAAAAUGUCUGUCCGACAGGAAAUACACUCUAGCAGAAAACUGUCCCGCGUGACUGAAUUCGAUCAACUUGUGAUGCUACUAGAGCAAAGAAAUCUUCUCAGCCUACUGAAACCGAAUCUGAUUGAGCGGUUUGAUUUGGCACUCGGCGCAAAAGAUGUUGCCUGUGCUCUUGCAUCUUACCAAACUGUGUUAAACUCGCACUAUACAGCUAUCCGACGUUUCUAUUUAGAAGAUUUGCGACACCGUGAUCGACGAACACUCCUGGAGAAGGAGGUGGAAAAGGUUAAACUCCACGAAGCAGGUGAAACGACGAAGAUAUCAGCCUCAAAUACAAAGCGAGAUACGUAUCUUCAACAGCGUGAUAAGAUUUACACGCUACUUCAGGUAGAAAUAGGCAAAAGUUGGAAGGUAUUUGGCAGAUUUUUGAAUGUAUCGCCAGCCGAACUGGAAGAGAUCGAAGAACGAAAUAGGCAAGAUCUCAAAAUGCGCAUUUAUGAGGUGCUUCAUGCUGCCGAGAUGCUAUUCCCGGAUGGCUCAUUAGAGCAGUUUGUCCCCCUACUUCUAAAAGCACUGGAAGGUAGUAGAAGAAAAGAUUUGAAACGAAAAAUAGAAUCCAUGUUACAGUGA